UGCAAAAUGUGGAUUAUUCCUUGAUCAGAAUAAUGAAUAUAAACAAGAGAUUCCAUAACAUUUUCUCAAUAUUGUUUAUCUUUAUUUUCUUUUUCAUUGGAAUUUCCAAGUCCAAUGGCUAUGAUGAUGAGCAAUUUGGACCAACGAUUAAUCAGCUCGAAAUCGCUAGUGAUAAAGGGAUGGGUGAGGUGGAAGAUGAUGCAUGGGAAAUGGUGGGGAAAAAAGGGACUCAAUUUGUGAUCAAUGACCAGCCUUUCUAUGUGAAUGGGUUCAAUACUUACUGGCUAAUGGUGUUUGCUGCUGAUAAUUCUACAAGAGGAAAAGUUACUGAAGUUUUCCAACAAGCUUCUUCAGUUGGUCUAACAGUUUGCAGAACUUGGGCGUUUAACGAUGGACAAUGGCGCGCUCUACAGAAAUCUCCCGGCGAUUAUGAUGAAGAUGUGUUUAAGGCCUUGGAUUUUGUUGUAAGUGAAGCAAGAAAAUACAAGAUCAGGCUUAUAUUAUCAUUAGCUAACAAUUGGAAUGCAUACGGUGGAAAAGCACAAUAUGUUAAAUGGGGACAAGCUGCCGGACUUAAUUUGACAUCCGAUGAUGAUUUCUUCUCUCAUCCUACUCUAAGAGCCUACUACAAGGCACAUGUUAAGACCGUGCUCAACAGAGUCAACACAUUUACGAACAUAACUUACAAGGAUGACCCUACAGUAUUUGCUUGGGAAUUAAUGAAUGAACCUCGCUGCACCUCAGAUCCUACUGGUGAUAAGCUUCAGUCAUGGAUACAAGAGAUGGCAGUGCACAUUAAGAGCAUGGACGCAAAGCAUUUGGUGGAAAUCGGAUCCGAAGGAUUUUACGGUCCCUCGGCUCCCGAUAGAGCUCAAUUUAACCCUAAUUCUUACGCGACACAAGUUGGUACUGACUUUAUAAGGCACCAUCAGACUCUUGGGAUUGACUUUGCCUCUGUUCACAUUUAUCCAGACUCUUGGAUUUCGCAAACAAUUUCGGAUACUCAUAUUCAAUUUACAAAGUCAUGGAUGGAUGCACACAUAGAGGAUGCUGAGAAAUAUCUAGGAAUACCUGUCAUAUUUGCUGAAUUUGGCGUGUCUACGAAAGACUCUGGUUACAAUUCAUCGUUCCGUGACGCCUUGAUCAGCACAGUGUACAAGACCCUUCUCAACUCUACAAAGAAAGGUGGUGGCGGGGCUGGAAGCCUCCUGUGGCAAUUGUUCCCUGAUGGAACGGAUUACAUGGAUGACGGAUAUGCAAUUGUUCUAUCAAAAUCUCCUUCAACUUCAAACAUCGUUUCCCUUCAUUCCACACGACUAGCAAUCUUCAAUUCCAGGUGUUCUAUGAGAUGCAAAUGGGGCUGCAAGAAGAGAAAUGCCUUGGAGACAUUUCUUUACAAUGAUGAACUGUAAAAGUAAUUGAACAAUCAUAGAAGAAAAUGAAAAAAAAAAUAGUCCUCGAGUUUUAUUACGAUAAUAAUUUAAUAACUUGUACCUAAUCUUUUCGGAACUAUUAUUCAUUUCAA